UUUCAGGUUUCGGUGAAGUCUUGAAGUAGUAAAUAAACUUUAAAAUGACAAAUACCAAUGAAACAGAUGAUGAUAAAUUCAUGGUGACACUAUCAACGGAUAUAUUGCAAACGGUGUGUGAACAAAUGGAAGAGGAUGAUCCGGAUGCGGGAGAUGAUGAACCGGUCAGACUUGUCGUAUGGAAUACGCAAGUUAUUCCAUUUACAUCGAAUUCAAUGGCUGAAGUGAUAUCGAAUGUUGAAGUUGUUGAUAUUUCUACGCCAUCGCAAUCGCCAUCUGGAACAUCAGACUAUUUAAUGAUCAUACCACGUUACCGUCGUCGAGCAUAUUCUUUUCCUGGCGAAAAUUUGCCAUCUUCGUCAACUUCAUCAGAAUCAUAUCAUAGUCAGUGAUACUGGAAAUGAUUGAACGCAAUAUAAGCUUGAUAAAUGAUAAUGAUGACAAUGAUGAUUUUGAACUGAUUAAUUUUGCUACAAAUGCAAAUAAGGCUAAAUAAAAUAGUCACGA